AUCUUUUUUUUUUUCAGUCUCUAGAUUCUUCCAUUCCAACUCGAAUUCCCCUUGCACUCUAUAAUAACCACCUCUCUCUGCGCACGCUUCACACCUUCCAUCGUUCCUCCAUCUUCCCCUUACACAUUGAUUUCUCUUCACCAGGGCUUUUCGUUCCCGUUUCGUUGUGUGCAAGAAUCGAUUAUCGAUCAUCGAUCAAUAAUGUCUCGCGGUAGCCAGAGGGACCGAGACCGCGAAAGGGCUCAAGCAAGAGCUGGUGGAAAAACCAAGCAGCCUAAGAAUGAUGGGUUAACCCCUGAACAGAGGAGGGAAAGGGAUGCAAGAGCUUUGCAGGAGAAAGCAGCAAGGAAAGCAGGGCAAGCUGGAGGGAAUAAUGCUGGUGGUGGGGGUGGUGCAGGCAAAAGUAGGCAAGAAAAGAGUCGUUGAGUUAGGGAAGGUGUAGGGUAAUAUGUGCAUUGUAUUAGAAAUGGUGAAUUUGUGUUGCUUAUUCUGAUUUGGGUUUUGGGUUUGAAGUCUUGUACUUGUGUCAUUUUAGGGAAAAGAACUAAGUAGUUUGUGUUUUUCUGGGGAGGGCAUUGUUGGUGGCUUCUGAUCGUUUGACUCUAUCUGAUUUGGAAUACAAUUUGUCUGUUGCAUUUGUAGUAA